CGAUAAGUGGGUCGGGGCUGCACUUUUAUAUAUGGACCGCUCCCGGCGUUAACAACGAAAAGACCAGCGGGUGCUGUUUUAAAGGACGCGUGUGUAUUUCACCGCUUUAUUUCUUUUAAUUCCAGUUUUGUCGGACUGCUUCCUGCGUGCCCCAACAAAACGAGGGGGUUGAAGAACUGCGGCUAAUAACUUAGCUAGCAUGCUAAUCUGCCAUAUAUUUUCAUAUUAAACGAUUUCUAUGUAUUCUCCGCUGAACUAAGUCUCGCUUUCAUACGUGUACUCUCAAAGAUGCUUUUGAGAUAUGGCGAUGCCUUCUACAUAGUAGAUAUUUUAUUUCGAUAGCUUACUUCUGGAAAGCUGCUAUAAAGUUUUAAUUGCCCUCUAACUAAGCCCGAUCGCGGGCGUAAGGCGAAAUAAUAUAGUCUUAUAGCCGUAAAUAGCUAGUUCGGCGGCCGCACCGGGCUGUUCGUGAACUUGUGGCGGUCUGUGUGGUGCGGACGGGAGCUAGCUCGUUAGCAGGGUCGGUAGCUGUGUUGAGGGCAGUGUGGCCAGGCCUCACGGCUCUGCUGUACUGACAGGAGAGAUGAAAACAAAAGAUUAGCUUGCUCCCCUGCUAGCUCGCUAACCUCCAGCGUUCACAACUGCCGGGGCCAAUGUCUGACUCUCUUUGAUAACAUAUCAGCAGCUGAGCCUCGAGGCGCAGAGUUGGUAUGCAUCUAGCAAUAUUGUUUUAUUUGCCAAUUUUCCUGUUUGGCAGAACAUCCCGUCUUGCUGUUUCACCAUAAGUGUAAAAUCGAUUUAGCACGUUGCUUGGAAUAAUAAUCACUUAACGUUAUGUUAAAGUUAUAUUGCUAGUUAGAAUCUGCGUGUAGUAGCUUCUUUCUGAACAAUAACAUAGACAAUAGAAAAAGAGAAACAUUUUAUAGAGAUGUUUGAGCUGCCUAUGAACAGCUGCAAGAAAACUUUCAAGGGGUUUCACCAUUGUACCUUAAAUUCACUGAGUACAGCAAAUGCAAGUACGUGUUGAUCCUCUGUCCAACCCCAGCAUCUUAGUUUGUGACCCCUCGACACCCCCAAAGUCAAGUGAAGGGGUACUCAGUGACACACUGCCAUGUCAGAGACUCUGAUAACGGGGCAGACAUCGGAGGAUCUGUUGGCCGACUUCGAGACGUUGCUGAACUCUGGGAGUAUUGACCUGGGCGAGGACCACCAGAUAGUGAUCAUCACCAGCCCCAGCAAUGAAGGACUCCACCCGGCCACCGCCCCCACCAGCACGGGGGAGAUCCUGCUGUUUGCCACGCCCCAGGGCCCCGCUGAUGUGGGGAUCCAGGACAAGAGACGCCCGGCUCUGGGAAGGCCUCCGGUGAAGAGGAAGUUGGACCUGGAUAGUGACCACCAGUAUGUCAGCACCGCUCGACCGUCCAUAGGCCAAGCACCACCCUCCACGCCUGCCCCUCCCAGAGUUCCUCGAACCACGACAGAGAAGUCACGGUAUGACACUUCCUUGAACCUGACCACCAAGCGCUUUCUGAGCCUGCUGUCCCAGUCAGCUGACGGCGUGGUGGAUCUGAACUGGGCCUCGCAGGUCCUGGAUGUCCAGAAGAGACGCAUCUACGACAUAACCAACGUCCUGGAGGGCAUCCAGCUCAUCUCCAAGAAGUCCAAGAACAAUAUCCAAUGGCUUGGCAAUCGAAUUGAUGCAGCACUGGUUUCCCGCCAUAAGGAGUUGCAGAGGGAGGUGUGUAACCUCACAGAGGCUGAGGAGCAGCUGGACGAGCUCAUUUCCAAAUGCAACCUGCAGCUCCAACUGCUCACGGAGGACCCACAGAACAAGAAGUUGGGCUAUGUGCGCUGCCAGGACUUGCGGAAGUCCUUUGAUACCCCGGACCAGCUGGUGAUGGUGAUCAGAGCUCCACCGGAGACCCAGAUGCAAGUUUCAGAACCCAGCGAGGGUUACCAGGUGUCACUGAAGAGCACGAGGGGUCCAAUCGAUGUCUUCCUCUGUCCAGAAGACAGCUCCGGCGUCUGUAGCCCCAUGACAGAAAGUAGUCCCUCAAAACCCAAUGAUGACCCCUCCCUGGUCCCGCCUCCCACACAACCUACAGACCAAUCGCAGGCCAGAAGCUCCACAGCUGCCGCCGUGGAGGUGGGCCUGUCAUCCCCAGCGUCGACAUCGUCCACAGUGACAGCAGCCUCCCAGCAGGACCCCUCAUCACUGGUGUUAGGUGGUGACACAGAAUCGCUCCUGGGAGGCGACCCCUUUUCCAGCCUUGGAGACAUGCCCGACUUUGACCUCUCACCCCUCUCCUCCUCGGACUUCCUGAACGGAGAAGGCCUCCCUCUCCCAUUGGACGGUUUCAUCAACCUGUCCCCCCCUCACAGUCACGACUACCACUUUGGACUGGAAGACCACGAAGGCAUCAGCGAACUGUUCGAUUGUGACUUCGGUGACCUGUCGCAAGUUUUGGGGGAGACUUAGAUGAAACAGAAGAGGAGGGGGAGGAGAAACAUGGGAAAAUCUUUCUGAAUUUAGGACUGUUCCUCUGUCCCCUGUGGCUUCUAAAAGGAGGGCUGGCAAUCAACAUUUUAUGGACAAAUCUUUGUAAAAGGAAAAAAAACACAGACUUAAUGUUUUGAGUGUGGGGGGAAGGAAAAUUAUUUGCGUAGUAAUUGCGUGAGAUCCCUAAAAUACAACCCCAAGUACAAAAUCUUAAAAAGUCCCCAGAUUGUACAGCACAUUAUUCGCACUUCUCUUUGGCCAUUUAAACAUUUUAGACCAAGACUUUAGCUUUAGCUAUAGCUAUUUAAAUUAUUUAUAUGAAUGUUAUUUUGAUAUUUUGUACCAAGUGAGGUCUUUGGUGUUGUUGAUAAUGUUUUAUCCAAGUGGAUUGUGCAGGUGUUUGUGUGUGGAGUAUGGACUUAUUGGGCUGGUUUCCUUAACACUGAUUAGCUUACAUGCUACAACUCAUAAAGCUGGUUUCUUAGACGGCUCAGUCUGAAGUGUUUUCUCCAAAGGGGGAAAGUUUGCAUCCCACAGCUUUCGGCCGAAGCUGCUCAAAUGAACCCGGCAUUAAUAGUAGUACAGAGUCAUGGCUGGGCUUUCGGAAAGCAUCUCAGAGCUAUGGUGUAGUUUCACACUCUUCUUUUUUUUUCACAUUGAAGGUCAUUAUAAGCUCAAAACGUCUCCCUCAAAAAUAAUUUGUGUCUAAAACACUGGAAUCUUGAAAAACUGGAUCCUCUUACGUCUCUGUAACCACAGUGACGUCCCAGGCCCAGAUUAGAUUUGCACAUGUUCCACAGAGGAUUAACAAGAGUUUGUAAUUAAGGGCUGAUGGUCUAUUUUCAGCCUGCCGUCAGUGGAUUUGAACUCGUUUUCAGUGGGGUGAACAUUAACUAAGAACUAAGAUGCUUUUGGGAAACUGGACCCUCAUCUAAAGGGUUACCUUGGCAUUUGCAAUAUAGGUUAUUUUUCUUCACAUCGUCAAAAAAAUGUUUCCACAUUUGCCCUUUAGGUGUCUGGAGAUAACUCAAGUGCUCAGCAGCCAUGUUAGGGAGUCUAAACGAAAAUAAUAGAAACUCCACGGUCUGACAAAUAAUUAGGUUUCGAAGGAAAAAUAAGCAAUUAAAGUUGUGUGUAGGAAACCAGCUGAUGAUAGACUGCUGCAGUUAUGCUAGCAGGUAAAAACUAAUACUGAAUAUGUUGUUCUCUAUUAGUUAGCUAGGCGUUUAGCCAUAGUCUCAGGUGUUCGGAGCAGAGCAAAAAUCAAUGUUUUUGAUGCAACAUGAGAGUGACUGUUUUAGAUGUAUUUCAUGGGUGACGUAUAGGUUGAUAAUAGAUUUUUACAGGCUUAGAAGAUGCUUGAAGACAGUGCACGUUUUUUUUUUUUUUUUUUGUUUGUUUUUUUUGUUUCAGCUUUUCACCUUUUUCAACCAAGGGUUCAAGUGAGUAAAGUUUACCAGAAGCCCGUAGACUAAUGCUCCUGAGCCAACCGACUUCUGUUGUCAAUUGGGAAAGCUCCCAGCAGUUAAAGAAGUUCAAUAGAGGCUCAAAAACCAUUCACUCUUCAUUGCAUGUUUUCUGAAAGCAUUCAGUAAUGGUUAGGUGAUCAUUAUGGGUGAAUUAAAGCACAGCUGCAUCUAUAGCACAGCCGCUUUUAUCAAUCUGAUCAUUGUAGAGCAGUGAUGCCUUCAGGAAGGGUUAAGUGGAAGUCAUGGACUCUUGAAAGGAAUUCAACUGGGACAUCCCGUUAACGUUCAGUAUGUGCACAUCAGAUCAGGAAGUUAAUGUUCAUGCCUUAAAUCAAUGACCUUAACCAAGAAAAGGGAUGUACCGCUUAUCAUAGCUCCAAAAGGAUCAAUUCCUUCUCGUUUUUCUAAUAUAGUAUCAUCAGGCUUCAUCUCCACAUGCUACUACACACCUUGGUCGUGUUUCUGUUGAAACCACAUUGAUUUUUGGUUGAAAUAAGCAGCAAUAACAGAUGUUUUCACAUCACGAUUUCAGUGUGAGAUGGAAAGACUGUCCUGCUACGUCUCGUGUGUUGUAGUUAGAAAUGUCUGCAUCAUUUUUUCUUGUUCUAAGUUAUGUUAAGCUAACAUGUUAAUGCAUUCCUGAAGUAUAGGGUUUUAAUAUGUGUGCGGGUGCAUGUGUGUGGAAAAUACAAAUUGUUUUGUUGAAUUUCAUAUUUAUUUAAAAAAAAAAAAAAAAAGGUUUUAAUAGAAAAAUGGUAAAGCAUUUUUCAUUCAUUUUCUGGCAGGAAGGGACUCUCCACCCAUAUUUUUACCUGGUAAAAUUCCAAGCAAAUCAUGUAUUGUUAAAUGUGUCCUCUAGUGGUGAAAAGAAGUUAGCUUCUCAUUAGUAGCACAUUUAUAUUUUGCCAUGUUUUUUUGUUGUUGUUUUUUUUUCACUUAUGGAGAAUAUAUUUCCCUGUCUUACCUUUUGUGCAUGUGCAACCUUUGCAUUGGCUAAUGAUGCCAAAAAAUAUUUUCAAGAAAAUUCACACAGUAUAUAUGUCAUUUUGACUGAACUGACUUCAUGUGUAACUUCGUUCUUUAUACCCUGUUUAGUACUGGCCUUGUCAGUCACAUCAGUUGAGAUUAUCGAUACUGCAGUUGAAGGCAACGUUGCUAUUCUAAGGUUGUACAUGUGUUGUAGUGUAGCCUUUGGGUGCCUCAGACGCUAAUGUGAAUGUGUGACAACCUUGUAACCAUAGUUUUUGGUCUGUGGAAAUUUUAAAAUCCAGCAAAUAAUUUCAACAGCAUCUGAAAAGUUUUGAACUGACAGCAUUGUUACAAGCCACUGAAAUGUUAGGCUUUUGUUUUGUUUUGUUUUUUCAGGGGGGGGCUUCAGCUUCCAUCAGCAGCUGAACUGAUUGACAUUUUUCGCUGAAAGUGAGCAGUUCAUGUUGUCAACCUUUGUGAAAGUUUUGUCAUGUUUUGGUUCUCUGCAGGACAAAUGCAGUGCCUUGUUGGGGUAAAAUAUGAAUUAUUAAUGAAUAGUCAAAUCAGGAUUUAUUUUUGUGUGCGGUCAUGGCAAAAGAAUGCAGUGUUUUCAGGUUUUUUUGAAAGGGUUUUUUGUUGGGUUUUGUUUGAAAGAAAAUUUCAAGGUAACAUUUGCACCAGGGUUGAAAUCAAAUCACCUUCACUUAAAACUUAAAAAGAAUCUUCUGUGUAUGUAUCUUUGGGAGCUGUAGGAAUCAAAGCAGGUGAAAGGCAGACAAGUGACAAGUUUCUGAAAUAAAGGGUCAGAGUUGCAUUGAAUUCAUCAUGAAAUAUAACAUUUGAUCCAAACUAUGUAACACUAUCAAUAUCUAUAAAAAAGUGUUUUUCCAUGUGGUAAAGUCACUGUAGGACAUAGAAAAGUCUAUAAGCUCAGUCUGCUAACAAACGCUAUGAAAUAGCUAUAAUGUCACAGAACGAAAGUGAAUUGACUCCAACCCUGAUUUAGUUGCUGUUCAAAGUGCUUCUAAGGGAAACUGUUGGUUAUGCAGCAAAGUACCAAUCAAUCACCUUUUUCUUUUUUUUUUUCUUUUUUUUUACGAAUUUUAUUAAUUGUAGCUACAUUCUGGGUUAAAAAAAUACAGGUUUGUACUUGUGAAUUAUUAAUG